GAGGAGGACGUGGACAGAGAGAGAGCGGCCGGCAGGAGCUUGGGUUCAGGAUAUGGUGAUGGCGCAGGACAAGGGACGCCCCUGGGAGCCCCUGGACUUGUGGUCAGAUAUGGAGGAGAAGCUGUGGAUCCUACAAGACCUGAAUAUGUUAUAUAUCCGGCAGAUCGCCCUCAGCCUGCAGGACACAGACAUCCAGAAACGUAUAGACCAUGAGGUCCGGAUACGUGAGGGAGCCGUGAAGCUUCUGGGGGCAUGUACUCAGAAAGAACAGGCGCUGGAAGCAGCAAAGAGUCUGCUAGUGUGCAAUAGUCGUAUCAUGACGUAUAUGUCUGAACUACAGCACCGCAAGGAGGAGCAAGUUCUACAACACAGUGCGCGCAGGCCUUCAGAUGGCGGCUCUGUCGAUGAACGUCUCCCUUGCAAAGGAAAACUGUCGAUCUCAGAUCUGCGGAUCCCCCUGAUGUGGAAAGACAGUGAAUAUUUUAAGAAUAAGGGGGAGCUCCAUCGAUGUGCAGUGUUCUGCGCUCUGCAAAUCCGAGGAGAGGUUUAUGACACAGAGAUGGUCUUUGUAGAUCGCACCACCACAGAUAUCUGCUUUGAGAAUGCAAUAGUCUUCUCUGAUGUGGACCCUGGGUUCGAGCUCAGCCUUCAGCUCUACAGUUGUGCGGUUGAUGAAGAUUUUUCACUCUCUGGGACACCGCGAAGAUUAUCUACCAGACUCAGCACUUCAUUGGGGAGAUCUUCUGGGCGAAGGUUACGAGGUGCCAUGGAUGGGACCGGCAGCAACGGGGGAGCAGGUCCCAUCCUGCUACCACCUCCCAGUGUUCCGGGCCCUAAAUUUCAACUGUUAGCCCAUACCAAGCUGACUUUGGCCCAUGUGCAGGAUGGCUUCCGGACUCAUGACCUCACCAUGAGCAGCUCUGAUGAGAGUUCCUGCUGGCUGCCGUUAUAUGGAAGCGUGUGCUGCCGUCUUACUGCACAGCCUGACUGUAUGAAUCAGGACAUGAUGUCCGGAGUUCUGCACAUCCAGGGCCGAGGACAGAAGAGCUGGCAGCGCUUGUUCUGCGUGUUACGUGGAUGUCAGCUGCUCUGCUACAAAGGACAGUCUCAUCCGGGGUCUGAAACCGAACCUGACCUGACGGUCUCUGUUAACAAGGACACCAGGAUCCGGUGUUCGGACCGUGACGGUCAGAGCCUGGUGCACACCUUGUCCAUCACUAACCGCUACGGCAGUGAAGAAGUGACUCACACAGCCAAGGCCGAGAGCCGAGAAGAUCUGCGCCGCUGGAUGGAGGCCUUCUGGCAGCACUUCUAUGACAUGAGUCAAUGGAAGCAAUGCUGCGACGACCUGAUGAAAAUAGAAACCCCACCACCCAAGAGACCAGCAGCUGCCCUCGCCAAGCAAGGCUCCCUCUAUCAUGAAAUGGGUGAGUGCCUCUACAUAAACAAGCCUGAUGAAGCAGAAUGUGGGGGCACACGGGGGGACAAGAGAAGAUGUCAGCUGGAAGAGAACAAUCAGAGGGGUAAUGAGGGUGAUGGGUCAAUAAGGAGGAUGGUUGGAUGAGAAGUGCAAUGCAAAGAUGCGGGGAAUAGGUGGUGGAGGAGGCUGAUGAAUGAGGAGGGUGAUGAGGACAAUAGACAGAAUAGUUGGAUAAGGAGGGAGAGAGGAACAAUGAGAAUAUUGGUGGAAUUAGGAGGACGAUGGGGAAGAAGAGGAGAAUGGUUGGAUGAGAAGGGCGAUGUGGGGAAUUGGUGGUGGAGGAGGCUAAUGAAUGAGGAGGGUGAUGAGGACAAUAGAGAGAAUAGUUGGAUAAGGAGGGAGAGAGGGACAAUGAGAAUAUUGGUGGAAUUAGGAGGACGAUGGGGAAGAAGAGGAGAAUGGUUGGAUGAGAAGGGCGAUGUGGGGAAUUGGUGGUGGAGGGUGAUGAGGACAAUAGAGAGAAUAGUUGGAUAAGGAGGGAGAGAGGGACAAUGAGAAUAUUGGUGGAAUUAGGAGGACGAUGGUGAAGAAGAGGAGAAUGGUUGGAUGAGAAGGGCGAUGUGGGGAAUUGGUGGUGGAGGAGGCUAAUGAUGAGGAGAAUGUUUGAAUGAGAAGACAUAUAAUGGUUUUAAAGAAAAUGCUCCAUAAGGUCAGUGGUUGGAGGAAAAGGAGAGGAAAGACUGGGUGAGAAGGAUGAUGGAAAAUGAGGGUGGUGUGAUGAGAAAGGUAGAUGAGGAGAAGUAUUAUGAGAAGCGGUAUGAAUAAAAGCAAGGGAGCUGGGGAGCAGUAUGAUGAGAAGUAAGAGAUGAGGAGCAGUAUCAUGAGAGAUAAUGGAGAUGAGGAGAUGUAUGAUUAGAGGUAAGGGAGAUGAGAAACUAUAUGAAGGGAAGAAGGAGAGAAGAGGAGCGUUAUGAUGAGAAGUGAGAUGAGGAGCGGUAUGAUGAGAAGUUAGGAGAUGAGAAAAAUGAUGAUGAUAAUAAAGGGAGAUGAAGAGCAAUGUGAUGUGCAGUUAGAGAGAUGAGGAGAGGUAUGAUGAGAGGUAAGUGGGAUGGGGAGCAGAAUCAUGAGAAGUGACAUAGAUGAGGAGAGGUAUGAUGAGAGGUAAGGUAGAUGAGGAGCAGAAUGAUGAGAAGUAAGAGAGAUGAGGAGGGGUAUGAUGAGACGUAAGGGAGAUGAGCAGAAUGAUGAGAAGUAAGAGAGAUGAGGAGGGGUAUGAUGAGAUGUAAGGGAGAUGAGCAGUAUGAUGAGAAGUAAGAGAGAUGGAGAAUGGUAUGAUGAGAAGUAAGGGAGGUGAAGAGCAGUAUGAUGAGAAGUAUAGGAGAUGAGGAACAGUAUGAUGAGGAGGGUGAUGGGUAAGAAGGAUGGAUGAGAAGGAUGAUGGAAAAUGAAGGUGAUGUGAUGAGAAGUAAGGAGAUGAGGAGCAGUAUGAUGAGAAGUAAGGGAGAUGAGGAGAGGUAUGAUCAUAAGUAUAGGAGAUUAGGGCAGUAUGAUGAGAUGUAAUGGACAUGAGGAGAGGUAUGAUGAGACGUAAUUGAGAUGAUUUGCAGUAUGAUGAAACGUAAGAAAGAUGAGGAGCGGUAUGGUGAGAAGUAAGGGAGAUGAGGAGAGUUAUUAUAAAAUGUAAGUAAGAUGAGGUAUGGUAAAGUGAGAAGUAAAGGAGAUGAAGAACAGUAUGAUGAAAAGAAGGAUUAGUGAGAAGGAUUAAUGAAAAUGAGGGUGGUGUGAUGAGAAGUAAGUUGAUGAGGAGCACUAUGAUAAGAAGUAAGAGAGAUGAGUUGAGGUACGAUUAGAAGUAAGAGAGAUGAGGAGCAUUAUGAUGAGAAGUAAGGGAGAUGAGCAGUAUGAUGAGAAAGGUGAUGGGUGAGAAGGAUGAUGGAAAAUGAGGGUGGUGUGAUGAGAAGUAGGGAGAUGAGGAGCAGUAUGAUGAGAAGUAAGGGAGAUGAGGAGAGGUAUGAUCAUAAGUAUAGGAGAUGAGGGGCAGUAUGAUGAGAA